UGCGUUACCGCAUUUACGUCGACUUACGUUAGCGCAGCACCGAGGAGCGUGGAAGAAGCGUUGCCAUGGUUACACGGAGGCAAAGUUCCAGGAGGACGGAAGCUCGGACUGCAGCCACUGUUUACAUCGGCUAACGUUAGCUAGCCAGCUAGCUCGAAUGCACUGCUGCUAACUUAGUUUCAUAGUUCACUAGCUUAACCGUGUGUUGGCGUGAAGUUUGCCAGUUUACCCCCCCAUGUCCAUAACAACACGAAUGUAAAUGUCUGAGGACAAGGAAGCCCAGGAGGACGAGCUGCUUGCUUUGGCGAGUAUCUAUGAUGAAGAGGAGUUCCACCAGGCUGAGUCGGCCCAGGGGGGAGAGAUCCAGCUCUGCCUGGAGCUCCCUCCUGGUUUCAAAGUAGUUGUCAAAGGAGAGAAGCAAACUGAAUAUAAUGUCUGCUUCUUACCUCCGGUGGUGCUCAACUUUGAGCUCCCUGCAGACUAUCCAUCCGCAUCAUCGCCGAUCUUCACCCUCAGCUCUAAAUGGAUGACCAGAGCGCAGAUGAGCUCUCUGUGCAGACGUCUGGAUGAGCUGUGCGAGGAGAACCGAGGCUGUGUGAUUCUUUUCACGUGGAUCCAGUUCCUCAAAGAGGAGGCUCUGGACUUUCUGGGCAUCAAGUCUCCGCUUGAAGUCAUUAAGGGAGGAAGUAAGGCAGGUGGUGAGCGCAGGAAAACCGACCCAGCAGCGACAGCUCUGACGCAGUGUGGGAGUCCUCCUGAAAACGCAGAGGAGAAGAAAAGAGAAACGAAGAAGGAAAAGUUUCAAACACAGAUCUCAUCAUCUUCUCAAAUGGAUACGCGGGCGGUUUUGGUGAUGGACCCGCGUGCCGACCUCCUACCUCAGCUCCUGAACUUUGACGAGGAGCAGCGCCAGAAGGUGUUUGACAGCAAGGUGUUCGGCUGCGGGAUCUGCUUUGUGGAGAAGCUGGGCUCAAACUGCCUCUGCUUUAAGGAGUGCCAGCAUGUCUACUGCAAGGACUGCAUGACUGAAUACUUCCAGAUCCAAAUACGGGACGGCAACGUUCAGUGCCUUAAUUGCCCUGAGCCCAAAUGUACCUCCAUAGCUAAUCCAUCGCAGGUAAAGCAGCUGGUGGAUGAGGAGCUGUUUGCACGUUAUGACCGUUUGCUGCUUCAGUCCAGUCUGGACCUAAUGGCCGACGUGGUCUACUGUCCCCGCCAGUCCUGCGCCACCGCUGUUAUGGUAGAGCCAGACUCAACCAUGGGGAUUUGCGCGGCUUGCCAGUACGCCUUUUGCACCCUGUGCAAGCUGGGUUAUCACGGUCUCUCCCACUGUAAAACUUCUGCAGAGGAAUUGCGUAACCUUAGAGACGAGUACCUGUCAGCCACAGCUAUUGGGAAAAAGUUCAUGGAGCAACGCUUUGGGAAGAGGGUGAUCCAGAAAGCAGUGGAAGAGUCCUUUAGCAGAGACUGGCUCAAUGAGAACUGCAAAUUGUGCCCCCGCUGUGGAACCAACAUACAGAAAUCUGAUGGCUGUAAUAAGAUGACCUGUACCUCCUGUAAACAAUACUUCUGUUGGCUUUGUUUGGGCCUCCUCAGCAAAGUCAACCCGUACAGUCACUUUAACAACCCACAUUCACCCUGUUAUAACCAACUCUUCCAAGGUGUGGAUCUUGAAGACGAAGAUGCCUUCUGGAGUGAUGAGGAGGACUGACGCCUGUGCAGUACCUCACUGCUGAAUGCUCCAUUUGAAUGCACUUUAUCUCCCAUUACCAUCACUUCACCUUUGACACUAACUAUGCCUGCAUCAGCUCAACAGUGCCACUACAACAUGUACCGUGGUACCGCAGAUUAUGUUUUGAAUAUGAUCAGGCUUCUGGGGUAUAAAACAUUCAACGUCUGUGUGUAAAUUGUUCAUACUAAAUAUAUAUAUGCCGGAUUUCAUGUAUACAACAUAUUCAGGAAUGGCAAGUACAGUUUUAGCUUUUUAUCUCAGAGAGUAAUAAAGAAACAACUGUGGUCAUUUUGGUAAAAGUAGAGCAUUUCUUAAAAACAUCAAGAAUACAAUGUUAGUGAUUGUGAAUCGUUUAGAUAUGACAAUGUCAUAGGACUGGACUGUUAUUUCAAAACUCAAAAGAAACAAAAAGAAAUGUAAGUCUAUCUUUACUAUAUUCUAGAUUAGGUAUUAAUAUCUACUCUCUCCUUAUUUGGACUGUUUCAUGAUGAGUUUUGACAUUCACAGGCUUGUAAUGAUCAACAGGUGAUACAGGAGCCACUGACUCAGUUUGGCCAAGUCAAGGUGUUUGCUUACAAUGAGCUAGCAACUAGCAAAGUGUUGUAGGGAAAAAGGACUGUGUUUGCUCUUCUUUUUCAUAUUCAGUAUUUACCCACUGGCUGUCCUUCUGUCAUAUGUCAAAACUAUGACACCAAAACUAACAGCUAACUUCUCUUCAGACAAACUUCAAGGUGGAUAAUGAAGUGAAUUUCAAAAACUAACCAAGACACACACAACCUUGAUACAGGAUUUACUUCAAUGUGGGCUAACCUGAAGAUUGAUAUCCCAAACAUAAUUACAUAAUUACAUAGCCUUUGUUGUUGGUUUCGGGUUGACUACCAGAAUCGGAAACACAACAUUUUUUUUCAUCUUUUCUCGGGAUGUACAUUUUUUUUUUUUUUUACUUUAAUUAUGUUUGGAUUUACUUUUUCUUGAGAUGGGUUCAUUUACCUUUGUAUGUCAUAUGAUUUAAAUUUUUACGAGAUUGGGUUUCCUAAUUAGUUUGAGUUGCAUGUAUUUUUCAAUACAGAAUAAUGGAGGACACUGCAGUAAAUGUUCAUGACAGUCAAUCCUCUGAUGGGGUUACUGGGAUUGUGGUCAUGGUGUGUGUUGAAUCAUUCAGGGACUGAGGUGUGAGAAUGGAAAUCCUGACUGUAAACAAUCCUGACUUUUAGGAAUGAUUUAUUCACGCCCUCCUUUGCACAACUUGUUACUUGAAUGUUGCCAAAGUUAAGUGUCAAAGAGAGGCCAAAUGAUCUUGAUAAUAUCUAGAGAAUGUUAAUUUAUUUUCCUUUAUUUUAUUACAAUUUUUUUUAAGCUUUUGAUCAGAAAGGAGGCUGUUCUGUUUGAAGUUGAACCCUGCAUCAAAUCAGUUCUUCAUCAACGUUGAAUGCUUCAAAAGUGCAGACCACUUUUAGAAUGAAUGCAGGUGUGGACUUAAAAAGACAAUCUCUUGCUCAGUCUUGAAAUGCACAUGGAUUCACUUUCCCCUCAGUGCAGACCGCCUGUCACUUCAUGUCUCAUGUAAGAAUCAUUUGAGACCUGCAGAUUCCUGUUAAAAUGCAUUCAGCAUAAGUUUUGUCCAAAUAAAUGUUACCACUU